AUGCUUGUUCCCGACGGAAGGAAAACACCUCCGAUUAACAUCUUGGCGGACUCCGAUGUACUUUACUACAUGUCGGCUCAUGACAACUAUCCUGAACUCCCGAUCUACGCAACAGUUGGACCUGAGGCUGUUACAAGCUAUCAAUGUCAGUGUAGGGCUCCGUUUACUGUUAACGGAAGGUCGUAUGUUGUGCCCGGAGCAGACCCAAGGGUGGAGGAAACAACACCGGAAUAUGACGGUAAUUGUUGUUAA